AAAGGGAAAAGUAAUGAAAAAAAAACAGGUCCCAAGUCCCAAGUUGUGAGGGAACAGUGGCAAAUGCGAGAUCCACCUGAAAUGGGUGAGCAAACGCCUUCAGAAUCAGAUCUCUCCUUAUACAAAAAAAUCUAAUGCCCUUCCGAUCCAAUUUCUCUAUUUUGUUCUUCGGAUCUCAACUAAUCAGUAAUUCUGAAAAAACCCAAAUCGUAGAAUUAUAAUUGGAAGUCACCAAGCAGAAGAAGAAGAAGAAGAUGUAUAUGGCAUAUGGAUGGCCACAGGUCAUCCCACUGGAACAAGUUAUGGGUCCUUCUCAGCGGGUCAUAUAUCUGAAAGUCAUCAAUCGCCUCUUACUCCUUGUCUCUCCCUCUCAUCUCGAGCUUUGGAGUUCUUCCCAUCAUAAAGUGAGAUUGGGGAAGUACAAGAGGGAUUCGGAGUCACUGGCGAAGGAAGGAGAGAAUUUGCAGGCUGUGUGGAGUCCUGAUGCCAAAUUGAUCGCCGUUCUAACAUCUUCUUUCGUUCUUCACCUUUUCAAGGUCCAGUAUACGGAUAAAAAAGUACAAAUUGGAGGGAAGCAACCCUCUGAACUGUUUCUUGCUACUAUUUCUCUUCUUCUGAGCGAGCAAGUGCCUUUCGCACAGAAGGACUUGUCAGUGAGCAAUAUUGUGUGUGAUAGCAAACAUAUGCUUCUCGGACUGUCUGAUGGAUCAUUGUAUAGUAUCUCUUGGAAGGGGGAGUUCUAUGGGGCCUUUGAACUAGAUUCCUCUCCACGUGAUGGCAGUGAGGUUAAACCAUCACCGCAAUUUCUAGAAAAUGGUUCUUCUAAAGGGCACACUGAUACUUUAAUUGCCAAGGAUAAUGUCUCCCGAAAGUCUGCCAUUAUCCAGCUUGAGCUUUGCUUGCCAAUAAGGUUACUAUUUGCUUUAUUUUCUGAUGGGCAACUGUUUUCAUGUUCGGUAAGUAAGAAAGGUUUAAAGCAAGCCGAAUAUAUAAAAGCUGAAAGAAGGUUGGGUUCUGGUGAUGUUGUAUGUGCUUCAGUGGCUUUAGAGCAACAAAUCCUUACUGUUGGUACCAAGAGAGGGGUUGUUGAGUUAUAUGACCUUGCAGAAUCUGCAUCGCUUAUCCGUACUGUGUCCUUGUAUGACUGGGGAUAUUCAAUGGAUGAUACUGGCCCUGUUAGUUGCAUUGCCUGGACCCCUGAUAAUUCUGCUUUUGCUGUUGGGUGGAAGUUGAGAGGACUUACAGUUUGGUCGGUUUCUGGUUGCCGUCUGAUGUCAACAGUUCGUCAAAUAGGUUUAAGUUCUGUAUCUUCUCCAGUGGUUAAGCCUAGCCGGGAGUGUAAAUAUGAACCUUUAAUGAGUGGCACCUCAAUGUUGCAGUGGGAUGAAUAUGGAUAUAGGCUUUAUGCUAUUGAGGAACAGUCUUCAGAGAGGAUUGUUGCAUUCUCUUUUGGUAAAUGUUGUCUCAAUAGAGGAGUCUCAGGCACAACAUAUGUACGCCAAGUGCUUUAUGGCGAUGAUCGAUUGCUUGUUGUACAGUCUGAAGAUACUGACGAACUUAAAAUGCUGCAUCUUAACCUUCCAGUUUCAUAUAUCUCCCAAAAUUGGCCAGUUCAACAUGUGGCAGCUAGCCAGGAUGGAAUGUACUUAGCUGUUGCUGGUAUGCAUGGGUUAAUCAUAUACGAUAUUCGGUUAAAGAAGUGGCGAGUAUUUGGUGAUGUUACUCAGGAGCAAAAGAUUCAGUGUCAAGGUUUGUUAUGGAUGGGGAAGAUUGUUGUCGUCUGCAACUACGUUGAUUCCUCUAACACAUAUGAAUUGCUUUUUUACCCAAGAUAUCAUCUUGAUCAGAGUUCACUUCUUUGUCGAAAACCGUUGCUUGCCAAGCCUAUGGUAAUGGAUGUCUACCAAGAGUAUAUACUUGUUACAUAUCGCCCAUUUGAUGUACAUAUAUUCCAUGUCAAGUUAAUCGGUGAAUUGACUCCUUCUACAACUCCAGAUUUACAGCUUUCUACAGUAAGAGAACUCUCGAUUAUGACUGCGAAAAGCCACCCUGCAUCGAUGCGUUUCAUCCCUGAUCAGCUUCCAAGAGAGACCAUUUCUAACAAUCAUACUGGUUCUAAUUCUGAUCUCUUAGCAAGAGAGCCUGCAAGGUGUUUGAUAUUGAGACUUAAUGGGGAGCUAUCACUUCUUGAUUUGGAUGAUGGACGUGAAAGGGAACUUACUGACUCUGUUGAAUUGUUUUGGGUAACUUGCGGUCAAUCAGAGGAGAAAACAAAUCUAAUUGAGGAAGUAUCUUGGUUAGACUACGGGCAUCGAGGAAUGCAGGUUUGGUAUCCUUCUGUGGGUGCCGACCCCUUUAAGCAGGAGGAUUUCUUGCAGUUGGAUCCUGAGCUGGAAUUUGAUCGCGAGGUAUACCCUCUAGGCCUUCUUCCAAAUGCUGGUGUUGUUGUUGGUGUUUCCCAGAGAAUGUCAUUUUCGGCUUGUACGGAGUUCCCAUGUUUUGAGCCAACUCCUCAAGCUCAAACUAUACUGCAUUGCCUGUUAAGGCAUCUUCUUCAGAGGGACAAAAGAGAAGAGGCUUUGAGGUUGGCUCAAUUAUCAGCAGAGAAGCCUCAUUUUUCUCAUUGCCUGGAGUGGCUUCUCUUUACGGUGUUUGAUGCAGAAAUAUCCAGGCAAAGUGUAAACAAGAAUCAGAUAUCCGUUCCUAAAUCAAUUACUUAUUCUCUUCUGGAGAAGACAUGUGAAUUGAUCAGAAAUUUUCCAGAGUAUCUUGAUGUGGUUGUGAGUGUUGCCAGAAAAACUGAUGGCAGACACUGGGCAGAUUUGUUCUCUGCUGCUGGAAGAUCAACAGAGUUAUUUGAAGAAUGCUUCCAACGAAGAUGGUAUCGCACGGGAGCUUGUUACAUACUCGUGAUUGCUAAACUUGAAGGUCCUGCAGUCAGCCAGUACUGUGCUCUACGCUUAUUGCAGGCAACACUUGAUGAAUCAUUAUAUGAACUUGCGGGAGAACUGGUGAGGUUCUUGCUGAGAUCAGGAAGGGAGUUGGAACCGGCGUCAACAGAGUCGGACAGACUAUCUCCAAGAUUCUUGGGUUAUUUCCUUUUCCGUUCCAGUUACAGAAAUCAGUCUUUGGAUAAAAGCACCUCAUUCAAGGAGCAGAGUGCUCAUGUCGCUUCUGUUAAGAACAUCUUAGAAAACCAUGCUAGCUAUUUGAUGUCAGGAAAAGAGCUUUCAAAGCUUGUAGCUUUUGUGAAGGGCACUCAGUUUGAUUUAGUGGAAUAUCUUCAACGGGAGAGAUAUGGUUCUGCUCGGUUGGAGAAUUUUGCUUCAGGGCUUGAAUUAAUUGGACAGAAGCUCCAAAUGGGUACACUGCAGAGUCGAUUGGACGCAGAAUUCCUUUUGGCACAUAUGUGCUCCGUCAAGUUCAAAGAGUGGAUUGUUGUCCUCGCUACUCUUUUAAGACGAGCCGAGGUCCUAUUCGAUCUUUUCCGGCACGAUAUGCGGUUAUGGAAAGCAUAUAGCAUCACCCUGCAGUCACAUGCAACGUUUGUCGAGUAUCAUGAUCUGCUCGAAGACUUGGACGAAAAACUUUCAUCUUUUGUGAAUUUGGGAGAGGAAUAAGGAUUACGUUUGGACUUGCAAUUCCGGGCUGUGCCCGACAAACAAAACCAAUUAACGUUAAGUGAAUUUGUUAGUGAGAUCACUUUCCGGAGUAACAAAUGACACAAUCAAAUAAGGCAGCUGAACAAGCAACAAAGUAGGGAUAAAGCGGUCAUCUAUGAGGUUGAACUACUGCUUCACAUACAUCUUUCUAUAGAAGUAAUUCAAUUACUCGUCUCCUCUGGAAUUACAUGGUUCGUGUAGAUGUACGAGUUACGAAACUCUUUUUGUUGUCCAAUCAAUACAUUGGCUCUCAGUUUUAUUCUUUUCCCUUUAU